AGUUACCCCUCACUUUAAUAUAAAACAGUACCUAAGAACCAAGAAUACCCAUUCAAAUUAAAUGAUUCAGUGCCAGUUGUAUUUUAUUAAUUAAUAACAAAUGAUGAUGACAUCCCUAACCAGUUGACGAUAAAAGCUAAGAUAGGCAACAAAAUUUCAUCGUUUUUGGUUGCUUUGAAAAGCCAUGGAAGACAAGAUUGGCAGGCUAAUCAUUCUUAUCAUGUGUUGUUCAAUACUGAAAGGAGCCGUAUCUCAAGUUUACAGUGUUGGUGAUGAAAACGGAUGGAGCUCCGAGGUUGACUAUGGUUCCUGGUCGGAGAAAUACAAUUUCACCGUCGGCGAUGUUCUAGAGUUUACAUAUAACAAGGGGCAACACAAUGUGUUUGAAGUGACAGAGUCUACAUAUAGGACAUGUGAUGCGAGCAGUGGAGUAUUAGCCAAGUAUGAGAGCGGAGAUGAUAAAGUUGAGCUCACUGAAUCAAAGAAGUAUUGGUUCAUCUGCAAUGUAAAUGGGCAUUGCCUUGGGGGAAUGAGGUUUGGUGUUGAUGUUAAAGCAGGGAAUACUAGCAGUACUAAUUUGGACCCAACUCCAUCAGCCAACUCUGGCAAUGCCUUUGAUACAUGGAGUUUGGGUCUCUGCAUUUUUGCAUUUCAAUUUCUUCUCCGUUUAUUUUGUUGAUUUGUAGUAAUUGCUGUUUAGGGACCCAUUUUUGUGUUCUUUUAACCAUUUUAUGUGCCAGGGUCUGACCCUGAAUUAUUGGGAAUUUUAUGCACCUGCUUUCACCGAUUUAGUAACUUUUAAA